GGCACACAGCUGAUGGAGGAGCGGUGAGUACACAGCACGCUGGGGGAAGAGGCAGGAGCUUGGCUGCCGUGGAGCAGCACGGCAGAGCCAGAGCCAGAGCCACACCGCACCACCAAGCUUCUGCCCCUGCAGCGGAAAGCGGGGUGGAGAAGAGAGGCCAGGUCGGGCCGGGCCGGGCGCCCCCCCCGCGAACUCCUCCGCCCCCAUCUCCAGCAAUCCGGCCGCCCCCCCCCUUUUUUUUGCGUUUGCGGCGGCCUUGAUUAGGGUGUGCCUGGGCACAUCCGGCACACCCCGUGCGCAGGCCUAUGUCCCAGAAACUGUGACACUCAUCCCACCCGCAUGCAACGCUGACUAGGGAGAGCGGUCCGUGCGCGGUGGGGCUGUCUCUCCCUCUGGAUGGGAGGACUUGUGGCACCUUAGAGACUAACAAAUUUAUUAGAGCAUCAGCUUUCGUGAGCUACAGCUCACUUCAUCGGCUGCAGCGCAGGAGGAGACGCCUCGUCUCGGAGACCAGCAGGACGGCUUGAAAUGCCCAGAAAAGGCACUUUAGGCCGGCAGUGGAGAUUACGGGUCAGCCAGCGUAAUCUGGCAUAACGCCAUUGACAGCGCUUACACCAGAGCCGCAGCAGGGCUCGGAGCGUUCAGCGGGCCCCGGCUGGGGAUUCCACGCCGGCCGCCCGACCCUGGCGAGGCAGCCAGCGGCUGCCGAUUGGCUGCCGCGCCCUGUCGAAUCCGCUCCUCGCCGCCCGCCCCGCAAGGUCGCCUUGCGGCGCUCGGGUGCCGAUUGGUUCGGAACACGGUGGUCGUCAUAUAGGCAGAGAUCAGCCCAGCGCGUGGAGGCGUGGUUAGCUGCCCCUCCCGGGUGGGGAGGCGCGGCUCGGCUCGGCUCGGCUCGGCCGCUGUAGCUGAACGGUUGGCGCGCCUGUUUCGUGCGACCGCUCACCCUGCAGCUGAGGCGGGAUGCUGAGCCUGCUGGAGGUCGGCGGGUUCGUGCUGGAGCGGGUGGCCACGGGCAGCCCCCUCUCCCUGCUGCUGGUUGCCUCCGCCUUCGUGCUGAGCCUGGGCUACCUGCUGCGUCUGGGUUCCCGGCCCCAGCCGCGGCCCGGCGAAGGGAAACACCCACCUUAUAUUUCCUCUAAUAUCCCUUUUCUUGGACAUGCAAUAGCAUUUGGAAAAAGUCCUAUUGAAUUUUUAGAAAAUGCCUAUGAAAAGUAUGGGCCUGUGUUUAGCUUCACUAUGGUGGGCAAGACAUUUACCUACCUACUGGGUAGCGAUGCUGCUGCUCUAAUAUUCAACAGUAAAAAUGAAGACCUGAAUGCAGAGGAUGUAUACUCUCGACUGACCACACCAGUCUUUGGCAAGGGAGUUGCUUAUGAUGUACCUAACCCGGUGUUUUUGGAACAAAAGAAAAUGCUAAAAACUGGGCUGAAUAUAGCUCAGUUUAAACAACACAUACCUGUAAUUGAAAAAGAAACAAAGGAGUACUUCAAAUCCUGGGGAGACGGUGGAGAAAGAAAUUUGUUUGAAGCUCUUUCAGAGCUCAUAAUUUUGACAGCAAGUCAUUGUUUACAUGGGAAGGAGAUCAGAAGCCUACUCAAUGAGAAGGUGGCACAACUGUAUGCUGAUCUGGAUGGGGGAUUUACUCAUGCAGCUUGGCUUCUGCCAGGUUGGCUUCCUUUGCCUAGCUUCAGACGUAGAGACAGAGCACACAGAGAAAUAAAGAAUAUUUUCUAUAAAGUAAUCCGGAAACGCCGGCAAUCUGGGGACAGGGAGGAUGACAUGCUCCAAACAUUGCUGGAUGUUACCUAUAAGGAUGGCCGUCUGCUGACAGACGAUGAGAUUGCUGGAAUGCUUAUUGGGUUGUUGUUAGCAGGCCAGCAUACCUCUUCUACCACCAGUGCUUGGCUUGGCUUCUUUUUAGCUAGAGACAAAUCAAUACAGGAACAAUGCUAUGCAGAACAGAAGACAGUUUGUGGAGAAGACUUGAAGCCCCUAAAUUAUGACCAGCUGAAGGAGUUGAACAUGCUGGACCGCUGUCUAAAAGAAACUUUAAGGCUUAGACCUCCUAUAAUGACCAUGAUGAGAAUGGCCAGAACUCCCCAGACUGUUGCUGGCUAUACUGUUCCUCCUGGCCAUCAGGUUUGCGUAUCUCCCACAGUUAAUCACAGACUUAAGGAUUCUUGGAUAGAAAGUUUAGAAUUCAAACCUGACCGUUACCUCCAAGAUAACCCUGCAGCUGGAGAGAAGUUUGCAUAUGUGCCAUUUGGUGCUGGCCGUCAUCGUUGCAUCGGAGAAAACUUUGCUUAUGUUCAGAUUAAGACUAUUUGGUCUACUCUGCUUCGUGUAUAUGAAUUUGAUCUCAUCAAUGGAUAUUUUCCUACUGUAAACUAUACAACUAUGAUUCACACACCUCAUAACCCAGUUAUCAGAUACAAGAAGCGAUCACACUAAGUUUUGGAGACAAUUAUUUCUCUAUUUAAAUUGACGCAAUUAAAUGGUUAAUAGAAAAGCUGGUCCAUUGGAUGUGUAGUGUUAGAAAGUGAGGUUAAUUUAACCAUAAAAUGUGAAAUAGUUGUACACUACACAGUACUGUACAUUCUAAAUUAACCAGACACUUCUACUUGUGUAACAAUUUUAAGGUGGAUGCUGCAUAUCGGUAUAGUUGAAUCCAACUGGUCAGUCAAAUUUUAGGACAAAGGUCCUGAACAUCUAAUCUUUUUUUUUACAAGCUUAAAUUUUAAUGGGUGCUUCUAAAAAACCUAUUUUCCUUGAUUCAGCUACUUUAAGGGGCAAGACUAUGCUCUUAUGGAUAUCCAUGGGAACUGACACUGGUGUGUAUUUUAAUGUGAACAAGUUGGAACCUGCUCACUUUGCAGAAGUGAACACUUUCAUGAAAAUGCUCGAUAGUUCUUUAUAUAAAUGAACCAAAAAUUUGGGUUUUAAUUUAGAAAACCAUAACACUUUCAAAUGUGACAGGCGAUUUUAAGCCUCAUCUUGACAGUUUUUGAAGGGUCUGGAUUUUCAAAAAGGGCUGAACUGACCACUCUCUGAAAACUAAAUUAUGUAAAAUUAGGCAUCCAAAAUUAGUCACACUUGGAAGUCUUGGUUUCAGUGCAAAGAUUAGCAGUAGAACCUUACAGAUCCAGAAUUAAUACUUUAGAGUAAGCAGAGCAAGGCAGUUGUAUCCUAUGUAUAUCUGAGAAGUGUAGUUUAACUGUGUUCAUUUUGUAUUAAAAGUGAAUGAAAACUAGUGUGUACUACUAUAUUAACUAGAGUUGUAUGUCCAGUGUUUAGAAUGAUGUAGAGGGAAGAAUGGGUACUGUAUAGCAAUUUUUUUAAGUGCCUGCUGUUUGGGGGGACAAAGUCUUAAAGGGUUGGCUAUUACUAUUAAAUCUUAGCAACCACUGAAGCUGUCCACAAAGAGGCACAGCAAAUUAAUAAGGUUCUUCUCCUGUAAUUCACAUGGGAAUGGAUAACUUACUUCAGGACAGUUAAAUGUUGUACUUGUGUGGUGGAAAAUAGCUCUGACUUGCAGAAGUUUUUCAUUAAUUUAUAAAAAUUUGUGAAA